AUGAGCAAAAAAAAUUCCAAGAAUCUAGGUAUAAAUAUCAAAUGGAAUUGUUUUUAGGAGUUUAAAAUUACUUACAGAACAGAAGAAGCAUUAGUAGUUUAAUAAUGCUUUGGAUCUAUGCCCUCAAUUUGGCGAAGCCUACACUUUAAGAAGUUCAAAGUUUAAAAAAUCCAUUUAUAAAAUGAUAUGAAAAAAUAAAAUUAUAUGUGGAAAAUGUAAAUUAGAAUGCUGAAAGCUAUUAUUAAAGAGGUAUCUUAACAUUUAAGGAACAAUUUAUAGGAAAAAAUAAUUAUUUGAU